UAAGACUAAGUGUAAAUAAUAAGUCUGACUUUUGGCAUCAGAAGACAAAUUGAAUCAGCCUCAAUUAUGAUGAUUAUUCAAUUUCUUUAAAUAUCCUGCUAUUAUUUAUAUAAAAUUAAUUGCCUCAAUAAGCAUUUAUGCUAUUUAUUUUAUGGAAAUAAAAGUCCACACCUUGCAAAAGCAUUGAGUAUUUUGCUCAGACCUAAGACUAAUGCCAGUGUUAGUGGUCAGUAUGGUGUGCUUACUGAUCAUGCAGAACGUCUCUCAGAAACAAGUGAACAUGCUGAAGUCGCAGGCAGGACUAAGUUUGUGCUCAACCGCUUACAAACAUUCAAAUGUGCCACAUUUUGCCACUUCCUGCUCGAUUUGUUGACUACCAUUCAAAGCUCAGCCUUCACCUGCAGAAUGAGAGAACAAUUCUUCCAAGUACCUCUGUCCAGAAUCUUGAAGUUUGUGUUCAGCCUGAGGGACAUUUGGACACAUUCCUGGAAAUGGCAGGGUGUCCUUCUAAAGAAGACUGAAGAUGAGCCUGAGAAGGAUUUAAACACCAUGCCACUGAAUGUCUGUCUGUACAGACAUCAAAUGUGCAGCCAGAAAGACAGCUGAGGGUCCGUCUGAUCGGUUCAGAGUUCUGCAAGGAGGCGCACACUGGAGUAAAAUUACUGAUGGCACUGCCAAAGCCGUGUCCUGCUUUACGAUCUCCCACCAGGACACAUGGCCUGACAGCUCAUCAGACCUUUCAUCAUAUUGGGAGGAUAAAGUCCAGUAUCUACCUGACUGGUUCAAGAGUCGACUGUCAAGAAAUUGAUGUAAUCUGUGUGCCACCACCCACCAGAGGAAGCUCUUCCAACAGCUGGUCAGCACAGAGUUUCAAGAUAAGAGCAACACAGGUCUCUCUGCAGUUCUCCUUCCCAGGGAGCCGUACAAGACAGUCUUCAAGGAUCUCCUUCAUCUCGAGGAAAUCAUGCUUGUUAUACCAGUAACUGCUGUAAGCUGUGAACGUGUGUUUUCUGGACAGAAGAGGAUUAAUUCAGAUUCCAGAUCCUCACUUGGUGUAGAUACCCUGGAGGACCCAGUCAGGUUGUCUGUGACAACCUGUGUUGAGGUGGAUGAGGUCUUGGACACGCCCUAGACAUCCUCUCUACAAGCAGGGGCCAGCAGAAGUUGAUAACUCUACUAUCAUGAUGUUGUGCAGUUACUCUAGUUCCUGUUGUUGUUCGGAAGAUGCAGUGUUUGAUCCAGACAAUUUGACUUAUUCAAAGUGUCUGGACUAGUGGGCUACUUUGGCUUUGAUACAGAAUUUCAUUUCAUCACUACUUAAUCUGAAAUAGUACCAAGUUGAUAUGAAUGUAUCAAUAAAAUUGUGUAUGUUCCCGCAAACGUUUGUGUUGUUUGGUGAAGUGUGACUUCAUUUCAUUUACAGAUUGUAAAGUUGGCU